AUGGCAGGGGACCUUGCGGUUGGAAUGCUCUAUAACUUAUUACUACCAUUGCUCCUGCUGGCUGCUUCAGUGUUCCGCUACAGCUGUCUGUCAGUGGUGUAUUUCUUGUUCCUGCUCGUCUUACCGCUGAUGCCGAACCCCAGCGUGGUCACCAUGAAAGGUAAAACAGGCCAGUUCCUGCGGAUUAUAAUCUACAUUUGUGUGAUCUUCCUGGCUCUCCAGUGCUUCAUGCAGAUCCCCUUCAGCUACAUCCCUCCACAUGUUAGUGGCUCCUUGGAUGAUUUCCUCUACCACGUGGGCAUUGUAAGAUUCAGCUCAGUAGAUCCAUUGAAUAUUGUACGUCUCCUGGCUCCAGACAUUGGCCUCCUCUUUGCUUCCGUAUUCAUACUGAGACUCUGCACAAAACUACUGCGCCCGGUUCCCCAAGUCAGUCUUCAUGAAAAUGGAAUACCCCCAUGUGACCCUGAGGAAGUAGAGACUUCGGAAGCAGAGUCUGAGGAUGAAAGCGACACAGAGGGCUCCUCCUUUGACAGCUCAGAGGAGACUACGGUACCGGUUCAGGCGACUCCACCCCAGUUUGUCCAGAAGUUGAUGGUGUUUGCAGCUGGAGUGAGGCUGCUGUUAUCAGCCAUCAUGAACACAGCAGGGAAAGUGGUUGUAACCAUACUGCUGGGGCUGGCAGGUAUUAUCCUACCCUCCCUCACCUCAGGUGUGUAUUUCGGGGUGUUUCUUGGGCUAGUAUGGUGGUGGGUGUUCAGCCACUCCAUCAGCCUGCUCCUCUUCAGCUCCCUGUGUGUGAUGAUGUCCAUCUUCAGCGGGGGACACCUGCUGGCUCUGUACGUCUACCAGCUACCCCUGUCCCAGCAGAUCGUACCACCAGAUGAUGUCUACGCCAGAUUGUUCGGUAUGACAGGUGUAAUCAGAACCAACAGUUCAGACCGGCACAGUCUUGGUCUGCACCCACAUGUCAGCUGGCCUGAUUUUGUCAACCCUUUGGUUCUGCUGCUUUUGUACUACACACUGGUGGCUCUGCUGCACAAAUGGGUUCACAUAACAGAAAUGGACUGUUCUCAGGAUACUGUUUUUGAUGAAGAGUAUGAGAUUCCAUUAGAAAGUCCAGAUGCUCCUCCAAGCUUCUCCAGGGUCAUCUACAUCUCAGGCGAUAAACAGGAGCUUUUGAGCAGCACUGAUGAGGAAACCUAUCUACCUGAUGAGCCAAUGAUCUUAAUGACGAGCAGUUCCUGGCAAGAUAGAAGUGAUCUGGCAUCUCUGCUAGGAGGGGCAGGCUACACAAACUGUUAUGCGCCACCACAGUAUGAAGGCAAAGCCUCACCAAUACAUGAGGAGGAAGAUGAGGAAGAGGAGGAGGAGAAGAGUGAGGAUGAGGAACCAAAGAGCCUAGCAGAUACCUUGCCUCCCCCCUCAGGUCCAAGUGGUAUUGUCAUAUUUGGACAGCUGGUGCAAAAGCACAGUUAUGUCAGUGCCCUGAUCAUCAUGAUGGUGUGGAGUAUCACCUACAACAAUUGGCUGACGUUCGCCCUGCUGGUGUGGUCCUGUAUCAUUUGGAUGAUGAGAGAUCGGCGGCGAUACGCCAUGAUGUCCGCCCCGUUCCUGGCCAUAUAUGGCACAGUGCUGGUGGUGCUGGGCUUCCUGAGCGGGCUGCGCUUGAGCCGUUCUGAGCUGUAUCCUGGUCUGCCCCCGGCUGUGAUAGUGGACUUCGACCUGAACAGUUACCACCCUGUGCCCUGCGUUCACCUGGGGGCAAAGGUUUUGUACAGCUUCAGCUUCUGGUUGAUGUUUCGACAGCAGCUGAAGGAGAGACAGGAGGAGCAGAGCUUAAAGGACGAGUCUCUAGAUGAAGUCAAAGUCAUGUCAUUGGAGGAAAAUCAGCCAUCACCUCUCAUAGCGAUGCUGAUCUCAGGAGUGAAAGGGACACUGGUGAAAUAUUGGAUACUCUUCUGCUGCUCCAUGUUCUUUGUAGUCAGCUUCUCUGGAAAGGUGGUCGUCUACAAGAUCCUCUACAUCGUCCUCUUCCUUUUCUGUGUUGUCCUCUAUCAGAUCCGUUAUGACGUUUGGCGCAGAGUCCUGAAGACGUUCUGGGCAGUGGUGGUCGGUUACUCCAUGGUGGUGCUCAUAGCCGUUUAUAUGUACCAAUUCAGAAGUGUGUCUGGGCUGUUCAGACAGAUCAUGGGCAUGUCAGAGGAGGGUCUUCGCGACCUGGGCUUAGAACGGUAUGACACGGUGGAGCUGUUUGCGCGUAUUCUGCUUCCUGCUGCGUUUCUGCUGGCUUGUAUCCUCCAGCUGCAUUACUUCAACUCAGACUUCCUGACCCUCACUGACCUCGACAAUGUACCUGUCAGGCAAUCUUCCAGAGAGGAAGAACUCAGGGAUUCAGUCAGUGCCAUAUCUGACAUCAUUAAAGAAAACAUUGAAAAGAUUCAGAAAAGACUUGUAAAGGAGCAGAUGGGAAGUGUAAAAAGUCAAGAGACUCUGGACAGCAUUGGACUGCAAUCCUCUUUUGACAAAGGAUCUGAGGAGCAAGACGAGACAAUAAGAGAAGCAACUCUCCCUGGCAGUUCUGAAGAUAAGUGGAUUGUGAUUGUGGACCGUGCAAGCAUGUUGAUCAUUCAGGCUCUGUCAGGACUUCAGAGGCUCCAGGAGCUGAGCUGGAGACUGCUAGAACUCCACAGCCUCAAAAUUGUUUCCUCCGGCAUCAUUUGGGUCUCAGUGCAGGAGGUUUCUCUUAUGAACAUGGUCUUCCUGGUUCUGUGGGUGCUUGCGCUCCCGUUGCCACGGUUACGACCUUUGGCAACCAACAUUUCUGCUGUGUGGGCCUGUGUCAUGGUGGUGUGCAAGAUGUUUUACCAGCUCAAAGUCAUCAAACCCCUUGAUUACUCCUCCAACUGCACCGCUGGCCUGGUCCCUUCCAACAGCUCGAGCGUAGAUGAUGUAGUGGAGCUGAGGAGCAACAUGUUGGAGCUGCUCGGGAGGUCUAUUCUCUACAUUGAACCCGUUGAUCCUGUUUACUGGUGUGGGGCGCUGCGCAAGUGUGAGGGCAGGAUCCUCCCCUGUCUCAGGAACCACCUGAUGGUGCUGGGGCUGCUGGCAUUUGAAGCGACAGUCCAUCGCCACCAGCUCUACUUCCGUCUCCACAACGACCUGAAGGCCCCACCCUUCAGCAUAAUCUUCCAGGGAAUCACGAGGCAGCAUCUGGAUCAUGGGGUCCUUCCCUGCAUCAAGUACUUAAUCAACUUCUGCUUCUACAAAUUUGGACUGGAGAUCAGUUUAAUCGUGGCAGUCAAUGUGAUUGGUCAGAGGAUGGAUUUCUAUGCCCUGCUCCAUUCAUGCGCUUUAUUGGCUGUCAUCUCAAGGCGACGCAGGAAGGCUAUUGGGGAGGUGUGGCCUAAAUACUGCUACUUUACUGCAGGGCUUAUGGUGCUGCAGUACCUGCUGUGCAUCGGCAUUCCCCCGGCCUUCUGUGUCGAUUACCCCUGGAGAACUGCAGGUCAACCUUUGACCUCUAAUGUCAUCAAGUGGUUUUACAUGCCUGACUUUGCCAUGAGACCUAAUCCUUUAUUCAUAUUGUAUGACCACCUCCUGUUGCUGUGCUCGUCUCUGCAGUGGCAUGUUUUUGAGGAGGAAAACCGCGCGGCAGUGCGGCUGCUGGCUGGAGACAAUGUUGAGAUCAGCCGCAGUCUGGAUCCUUGUUCAUUCAACCAGUUCAUACCUGUCAAUAACUUCAUUCACUGCAGGUGCUACCUUGACAUGGUGAAGGUGUUUGUGUUCAGCUAUUCCUUCUGGCUGGUGCUCUGCCUCAUAUUCAUCACUGGCACCACUCGGAUCAACAUCUUCUGUCUGGGAUAUCUGGUGGCCUGUUUCUACUUCAUGUUGUUUGGAGGCAGCGUGCUGAUGCAGCCCGUCAGAUACAUCCUGCGUCUGUGGGACUGGCUCAUUGGCUACACCUGCUUUGUGAUCGCCAUGAAGAACCUGCUGUCUCUCGGUUCCUGUGCCUACCUGGACAGCCUGUUGAAGAGCGGCUGCUGGUUAAUUCAGGCCUUCAGCAUGGUCUGCACCAUCAAAGACUACGAUGUCCCUGAUCCUGAUGAUGAGUGUGAGCUGCCAGAGGGCGAGGCCGGCAUCAUCUGGGAUGCAAUCUGUUUCACAGUUCUCCUGGCACAGAGGAGGGUCUUCCUCAGCUACUACUUCCUCUACGUGGUGUCUGAGCUCAAGUCUUCUAAGAUAUUGGCCUCCAGGGGCGCUGAGCUGUUUGAGGCCAAGGUGAAGAAGCUUGUAGCUGUCAGACUGGAGUUGGAGAAGAAAUCGGUGGAGGCGCUGAAGAAACAGAUGGAGAAGAUCAAAUCUAAACAGAGGGGGCGUCCUGCUUCAGCAGACCAACCAGGACCUCCUGCUGAUCAGGGGCAGCUGACACUGGGUGAUGAUGAGAAGGCAAAGAGAGAUGCAGGAAAGUGGUGGAAGCCUUGGGUCUCUCAGCCUGGAGUGGAAAACAACUGUGGCUACCACCUCUUUGAAAGUGACACUGAGGACGAAGAGGAAGAAGUCGCAGAGAAGAAAGAGGAGGAAGAACCACCAAAGAAGAAAUCUGCUUUCCAGCUGGCAUAUGAUGCCUGGGUCACCAGCUCUAAGUCUGCUCUGAAGAACCUGAAUAAGGAUAAGAAGAGAAUGAAGAAAGAAGAGAAGAAAAAAAUAAAGAGAGAGUUGCAAAGAGAGCAGGGCAUUGAAAGAGCAGACUCUAGUGAGGAUGAACUGGAGGAAAGCACUGUGGUGGAUGAGGAGGGAGAGGGAGAAAAAGAAAACAUCCUGCAGCGCAUCAUUAACACCGUGAAGUUCAGUUGGGUGUUUAUUCAGGCUUUACUGGACGAUAUGACGGAGGGUCUGAACUCCUUCUGUAAAGACAACAGGGACAUUUCCAAAGUGCUGUGCUUUGAGCGAGCGCUGCUCAACCAGCAGCAAAAAAAGGGCAAAGAGGUGAGCCAGGAGAGUGUAAGGCAGUUUUAUGAAAACUGGAUGUCUCGCCAGAACACACAGAUGUCUCAGGAUUUCUUAGAUGACCCUUCACCUUCUCCCCUUUCACCUUCACCACCCGUUGUUACCUCCUCUCGUCAUGAAUAUGCCAUGCUGAAGAACCAGGCCUCUAAAACUUCCUGGGGCAGCAGCAUUUCUAGCUGUAUGACAGAAGAAACGAUGCUGGGUUCUCGGCAGCCAACUCAGGAGGAGCUGGACGAGCCUCCUGCUGUGGCGCCGCCCACUGAGAAGUUCAGACGAAGGCUCCUGAAAACGGCCAACAUCGACAUUGAUGAACUUUCAGCAAGCUGUGAAGAUGACUCCCCUCAAAAGGAAGACUACGAACACGACAAGCGUGAUGAGGACGAUACAGAUGAUGAGCGAAAGCCUGAGCAAGAACAGGAGGGGACAGAGAAAGAAAAGGAGGAGGAACGACAGGGGGAAGAGCAUGAGGUUGAUAGAGAGGUGGAACAACAGCAGAUUGAAGAAGAUGAAUGCAAUGAAUACCCAGAAUGCCCCUCACUAGGUUUUAGGGAGAGUGAUGGAGAAAAAAGUCUAGACCUCAUAGAAUCUCCCAGGCCUCUGAGUCAGGAAACAAGAAACCUCACUGCCAGUGAGCUGCUGCUCAACAACAUGUUUGAAAAUGAUGAGAUCUCAGACUCUGAUAAGUUUUUCGUGACACUGCCGAGGCCGUUGAAGCUGCUGUUUGCUCUUUACAACACCAUGGUGUCCAAAUCAGAGAUGCUGUGCUAUUUUGUCAUCAUCCUUAAUCACAUUGUUUCGGCCUCAUUCCUCUCUCUCAUCCUGCCGAUUCUCAUUUUUCUCUGGGCCAUGCUGUCUGUGCCUCGGCCCUCCAAACGCUUCUGGAUGACUGCAAUAAUCUACACAGAGCUGACUGUUGUGGUGAAGUACUUUUUCCAGUUUGGUUUCUUCCCCUGGACCACAUCUGCCUACAGAGGCAUCAACGCUGAGCGGCCAUUUGCCAUGCCCAACAUCAUCGGGGUGGAGAAGAAGGAUGGCUAUGUCCUUUUUGACCUCAUCCAGCUGCUUGCUCUGUUCUUCCACCGCUCUAUCCUCAAGUGCCAUGGCCUGUGGGACAACAAGGAGGUUGAGAUGCCUGAUUUCUUCAAGAAGAUGAAGAAGAAAGUGGACAAGAAGAAGAUGACAGGUGGAGAUAAGAUGGUCAGCAAAGAGAAAACUGCACGCAGACUGAAGUUCCUCCCUCUCCAGGCCUCCACCACAUCCAUAUUCUGUAGACGGAAAAGAGGAGACGCUGCAGAAUCUCAGUCUGAGGUGAACCCUAAGAAGCAUCAGAGCAAGAAGAUGAGACGACAACAAAACAAGACUCCUCUGACCAGGAGGCAGAUGAUCAGACAGCAGAUCAGAGAGAGAAUGUUACAGACCAAAGCUGCCAUCAUAGAAGUUGCCCUUCACAUCUACUUACCCAUAAGGCAGUUUUUCUACGACAUCAUCCACCCAGAUUACAGUCCUGUGUGUGACGUCUAUGCUCUCAUGUUCCUCAUCGAUGUAGUCAACUUCAUUGUCACUAUAUAUGGAUACUCGGCUUUUGGGAAGUACUCCUCAGCAGCUGACAUCACAGAGUCACUGUCCGAGGACCAGGUUCCAGAGGCUUUUCUGGUCAUGCUGCUCAUCCAGUUUGGCACCAUGAUAGUGGAUCGUGCACUCUACCUGAAAAAGUCCCUCCUUGGAAAGUGUGUUUUCCAGGUGGUGCUUGUGUUUGGUAUACACUUCUGGAUGUUCUUCAUUCUCCCUGGAGUCACUGAGAGGCGGUUCAACAGGAAUCCUGUUGCUCAGCUCUGGUAUUUUGUAAAGUGCAUCUACUUCGGUCUGUCUGCUUACCAGAUCAAAUGUGGUUACCCAAACCGCAUACUGGGCAACUUCCUCACCAAGAACUUCAAUUACCUGAACCUUUUUCUCUUUCAAGGGUUUCGUUUUGUUCCCUUCCUGACGGAGCUUAGGGCAGUGAUGGAUUGGGUUUGGACUGACACCACUUUGUCUCUGUCCAAUUGGAUUUGUGUUGAAGACAUCUAUGCUAACAUAUUCAUCCUCAAAUGCUGGAGGGAGUCUGAGAAAAAAUAUCCGCACGUUCCAGGACAGAAGAAGAAGAAGGUGGUGAAGUACGGGAUGGGAGGAUUCCUAAUCUUCGCUCUGAUCAGCAUCAUCUGGUUCCCCCUCCUCUUCAUGUCACUGGUCCAGUCAGCAGCUGGAGUAACCAAUCAGCCGGUGGACGUCUCCAUCCAGCUCAGCAUCGCGGGAUAUGAGCCUCUGUUCACCAUGAGUGCCCAGGAGCAGAACCUGGUUCCAUACACAGAAAAGGGAUUCAACCGACUGACCAAAGUCUACGCUACUCAUCCAUCUGCUAUGCAGUUCAUUAUGAAUUACUUUACAGAGGACAUUGUUGUUGCUAAGAUCAAGAGUGAUGCCAGUCUGCUGUGGAGCAUCAGCCCAGCCAGUCGAGAGGCCAUGAUACAGGAGCUCAGCAAAUCUUCUCACAUAUACAUGACCUUACGCUGGACGCUCAUACGGAAUGCAUCAAUAUCAAUGCAUGCAGAGUCAGUGGGAGAACACACUGUGAAGUUUGAAGACAAGACCUUAAGGGAAGGGAUCAUCCACAUGCUCAAGGGCAACAGCAGCAAACCUGUGAUCAUUAACUCUCUGCUGCCAAAGUUCCUUAGGGGUCCCAAAGGACCAGAGUCCAAAAUGGCUACCAGGAUGAAAGUAGAGCUCUCGGACCGACCAGACCUCCAGACACUUGCUUUCUUCAGGCCCAUGUCAGUUAAACUUGAGCAGGUCAAUGGGACGUCAGAGAAAGAUGCAGACCAGUGGUGGGUGGUGGAGGAGUGCUUACCUGUUGUCACCUCCACUGAGCCCAAGUGUAACAACAUAGAGAUUGUGGUGUUCAAUGAUAAAGUCAGCCCCUCCAGUCUGGGAUUUUUGGCUGGACAUGGCAUCGUAGGUCUGUACAUGUCCGUGGUUUUGGUCAUAGGGAAGUUCGUCAGGGAAUUCUUCAACGGGAUCUCCAGAUCCAUCAUGUUUGAGGAGCUGCCGUGCGUGGACCGAGUCCUCAAGCUGUGCACGGACAUUUUCGUGGUCCGGGAGACAGGAGAGAUGGAGCUGGAGGAGACGCUGUUUGAGAAACUUAUCUUCCUCUUCCGAUCACCGGAAACCAUGAUCAAGAUGACCAGAGAGAAGAAAGACAGCUAGGAUUUAACACUGUCUGGACGUAUUAAAGCAAAUAAAACUUAAUUAUUAUGGUGAAUUGUUACAGACGUGAAUACAGUCAAAAUUGGAUUUGUGGUCUAAGCAUAAACUGAAAACAAACAAUCUUACUUUAACUAAGCAACAUUAGAAUUCAUUUCUGAUUAGACUAUUACUUGUAACAAAGCUUUGUUUUUCAUAAAAUGUUCCCUAUUCUAAAUAUUCAUGCAAACAUGCUGAUUUAAUUCCAAAGAUUUCUGAAGUACUUUAGCUCUUUUUCUUACACUUGUGUUAUCUGCUUAGAGCAAAAAGAAAGUAACUUCAGACUUAAUUCAGGCAAUGAUUAAUUAACGGUGACACCAUUUAACUUGGACUGCAGUUAAAUUAAGUACCUGCUUAUCAUAUGUCCACAGGGUAAUGCAUGCAUUUCUGGUUUUGAAUUCAAGUUUAUAUUCUUGUCAAGUUCAAUCAUCACUAUCCCUGCUUUUUAACAAACCCUUGAUAUGUUUAUUGAUCAACACACACACAUACCUCUGUACUGACCAACAUGUCCAUGUACACUACUGCACUGAUUUAUUUAUAUCAAAAUAAAAAUUGUAAUUACA